AUGAGGUUCGGGAAGAAAGGCAAGUUAAGUCCUCGGUUCAUUGGGCCUUACGAGAUUCUUGAAAAGAUAGGGAGUUUGGCGUAUCGUCUAGCGCAGCCAAUGGAGUUGGAACGAGUGCACAAUAUCUUUCAUGUGUCCCAGCUAAAGAAGUAUUUGCAUGAUCCGACGCAUGUAAUUCUGCCGGAGGUGGUUCCACUUGAUGGCACUAUGUCUUACGAAGAAAGACCGCUUCGGAUUUUGGAUUUCAAAACCAAAGAGACUCGCAUGAAGUCAGUGAAGAUGGUAAAAGUGUGGUGGUCGCAUCAUGGAGUAGAAGAAGCAACCUGGGAGUUGGAGUCGACUAUGAGAGAGCGUUACCCGGAGUUGUUAACCUCAGCUUCUGCUUGUGAUUCUUGUGUUGAUUUACGAGAUUUGAUGCAUUAUCUUGUUGUGAUGAAUGUUUAG